CAUCUUUAAAAAUUUCAACUUGAUUCGCCUCUUUCGUUAUAAAUAUACAGAAACUAAGGUAUUAAGAGAUUAUAAGUUCACAAAAACGGAGCAAUGUCAACAUCAUCUCACUUGUACCCGAUGAGCAGCGGUGACGAUCAACACAGUUACAUCCAUAACUCUUCAUACCAGAAAGUAGCUAUAAGUGGCGCUGAAGAAAAGACAAGACGAUGCAUCUUGGAAAAGCUCGACCUCCAACUGAGUUCUGAUUUUAGUACUUUUAGAAUUGCAGAUUUUGGUUGUUCUACUGGACCUAACACGUUUCAUGUUGUUCAAAGUAUCAUUGAUACGGUCAAAUCCAGACACUUUAAAGAAAACAACGAACAUAGCCUUGUGCCUCUCGAGUUCCAAGUUUUCUUCAACGAUCACACCACCAAUGACUUCAACACACUCUUCAAAACCCAACCUCCUUCCCCGGAACGCGAAUAUUUCUCUGUCGGAGUUCCAGGCUCUUUCUAUGGUCGGCUGUUACCAAGAAACAGCAUCCACAUUGGACACACUUCAUACACGAUUCACUGGCUUUCCAAAGUUCCUGAACACGUAUGUGACAAGAAAUCUAUGGCUUGGAACAAAAAUUACAGUCAAUGUAAUAAUUUGUUGGAAGAAGUUACCAAGGCUUACAAGGUCCAGUUCAUAGAAGACAUGGACGCUUUUCUUGAUGCUAGAGGAGAAGAACUUGUGCCCGGAGGACUGAUGACUGUAAUAGGAGAAUGUUUGCCUGAUGGUGUGUCCUUGUAUGAGACAUGGCAGGGUUUUGUGAUGGACACCGUCGGUGAUUGUCUUAUGGAUAUGGCCAAAUCGGGAAUUACGAGCGAGGAAAAGAUCGAUGUGUUUAGUUUGCCUGUGUAUUUUCCUCAAUUUAGUGAAUUGAAGGGAGAGAUUGAGAGAAAUGGAAGCUUUACAAUUGAGCUGAUGGAGGCCACAAGCCAUCCAUUGGAGGGUAUGCCAUUAACCAACGAGUUCAUCAUUUCCACGUUUCGAGCUUUUCUCACUACAAUCAUAGAAAAACAUUUUGGUGAUGGUGUGGUCGAUGAGCUAUUCGAUCGACUUGCUAAAAAACUGUACAAGCACCCAAUUGAUUUUGAAAUGCGGAAGAAACAAGUUGUGUAUUAUAUCGUACUUAAACGAAAAUAAAUAUUUGGGAUAAUGAUAUAAUGAGUCAUGUCUUUUCUUUCGGUAAGUCUUUUGGUUCAAG